GUCGUCAUCUCCACUGGCAAGUCAGACUGGGCGCGCUCCGUUACAGACGAGAAGGGCUCUCUCGCACACCAUCUACAGGCCGUCGACGCCGGCCAGCCCUCUGCGCUCGCCACCACACCUGACAAGUCUCUCAAGGACCUCGACGCCUCUUCCGUUGUCUCCUCCAUUUCCGGCAUAUUCAGGGAUAACGAAACCACGAAGGUCUCCAUCCUCAACGGCAGCCAUGAUACGCUCUCGCACGACCACACGCUCGAGACCGUGCUCGUCUUCCCGGAUUACAAAGUCAUUGCCGAGGUCCCACGUUCGCUCAAGGGCGCAAGAGAGCUCUGGGAGCAUUCCGUCGACCCUUCCGUCUCCCGUCUCGGUUCAUCCUCUUCGCUGCUGCCUGAGGGGAACGAGCUCAAGUCGUGGGUGAUCCCGUACUCGUGUGUUAUCCUGAUCUGUUCCCAUAGACGGAGAGAUGUUCGUUGUGCGGUCGUGGCUCCCAAACUAGAACACGCUUUCUCCGACUCGCUUCAUCGCCAGAAAUGGGAAGUCCACACACAGCUCGACUACCUCGAGGGAUCGCCACUUGAGGACUUCGACGACUCCGAGGAUGAUAAGCAGGCGGAGAUGCUUCGACGCCUGCAGGAGCUCGAGAACCCAAAGUCAACGCACGAAACGGCGCAUGGGCAUCCUAAACGAGCGCUCAUACUCAAGACGUCACAUAUAGGUGGCCACAAGUACGCGGGGAACGUCAUCAUAUACAUGCCUCAAGGCGCGGGAGUGUGGUACGGUCGCGUGUCGACACACGAAGUCGAGCCCAUCGUGAGGAAUACGAUUCUUGGCGGCAAGAUUCUUCCGCCGCUACUUCGCGGUGGCGUCAAUUUAUCGAGGCCGGACUGUAAACGGCUCAAUGACUGGUAG